AUGUCGAUCCUUGUUCCUCUGCACAUCUAUCCCUGGACAGGAGUAUGGAAUCCCCUUUACACUGCAGCACAAGCGCACCCCGAAGUCAACUUCACCGUCAUCCUGAAUCCCUGUUCGGGACCAUGCCUCAACUCCAAACCCGAGGCUCCAUACGUCACCGAGAUCCCGAAGCUGAAAACAUACAGCAAUAUUCGUACUCUGUGGUAUGUGGCUACGAACUACACUAGCAAGAGCAUCGAUCAGGUGGCCCAGGAGAUUUACAUGUAUGCGACUGGGAGAACGAUCAACAAUAAUGCCAAGAUGACGGUUGAGGGCAUCUUCUUUGACGGGAUUCUGGGGUUGUAUGAUUGGAGGAAUUAUUCAUAUUUGACAACGGCGCACAAUAUGGUGAAGGGUGCAAAGGGUCUGGGGCAGAAACUUGUUGUUAACAAAAUGCACUUCGAUACCCUCGCACAAUUCCAGAGCGUCUCCAGUCACCCGAAAUCCCAGCCUCCGGUCAUGGCGCAUAGUCUGCCGAAUGUGGCGAAUACCUUUUUGACGUGCAUGGUGAAGCAGCUGGAGGCGAUGGCAGAUUACUUCUUUGUGAUGAAUGUGAACAUUAAGGAUCCGUAUUGGCAUGGCUUUACACCACUGUUUGGGGACUUAGUAGAAGUUGUUGGGUAG